AUGUCAACACCAGUAGAUUGUUAUUAUAAAUACUAUUCAUUAUCUGGGGAACAACCAAAAGUAAUUGUCUGGAAGGCCAAUGCAGUACAGGAUUCAGAUUUACUUGAAUUACCAAUGGAUCCAAAAGGAUACCGGUAUUCCCAUAUAGUUGUUGAUGUUUCAACUCAGGAUUUGGAUGGAAAUCCGCUCAAAAGUAAAGAUGCUGAAACAGAAUUUGAUAAUUCUUUAGUCCGAAAUUAUUUCAGAAAAGAGGUUAAGGUGCUAAUGAAAUUUGGAUUUCCUGGAAAACAUAGACAGCAAUGCUUUGUUGAAAAAACUAAUCAAGAAAUCCAGAGGCCUAUAUUGAAUCGAAUGACCGCACAAGAAAUGAAAACCGGUAUAACUUCUGUGGAAUGGUCUGAAGAUUAUCCUAUUCUAAUAGAAGCUCUUAGAGAGAAAUGGAAACAAAAUCCUCCUCCUAUUCCAGAAGGCCUUCCUAGAAUUACUGAUAAAGAUGAAUUGCUACAAGAAGGAACAUGA